UCUUGGGACUGUGAGUCUUGCCCGAUACAGCUGACAGGAGGACGGAGAGAAAUAGAAAAUCAGCRAUACCCUACUUCUGCCACCUAAUUCAUAUUCAGGAUGCCCCUCCCCAUAUAACCUACUAUGUCGCCUGUGGACAUCCUCUCUGCAGCACAAUGUCUUGUGCAGCCUACUUAGAUGGCAACGCAACGCCAAAGUCCAUGAGCAGAGCCAAACAAUGGACUGACGAGGUGGAGAACUUAUACAGAUUCCAACAGGCAGGCUACAGAGAUGAACUGGAAUACAAACAAGUAAAGCAAGUUGACUUGAUCGACAGGUGGCCUGAGACWGGGUUUGUGAAGAAGCUUCAGCGUCGAGACAACACAUUCUAUUACUACAACAGAAAAAGAGAAUGUGAAGACAGGGAAGUCCAUAAAGUGAAGGUCUAUGCAUAUUAAAUCAMCAGUGUCCAGCAAUCUCUUUUCCAUUUUGAAUAUCUUUUGUCAUGUUUUUGAAGACGUCUGUAGGAAGGAAGGCAYCACCAUCCCAGCUGUGGAAUGUAGACCAGUUCACUGAAUAAAGGAUGUGAGGCUGAGGCUG